AUGGGCCGCAGCUCCAAGACUAACCCCCUCAGUGCCAUUGGCCUGGGUCAUAUUGUCAACGCCCCAGGAGUCGACCCCGACUACAUCAUGCAGCUGGUUACCGAUGUACGAAAGUUUGCUGAUGUAUUAACCAACCUCAAGGAGGCUUUCCAAUCAAAAGAACACCAGGACUGUUUACAGCGGGUGGUUCAAGAACGGUUGAGCGAACUCGUGUGUGUGCUAAAGGCUGUUAUCGGCAAACAUCAGACUCUAAACUCCACGGAGAUCCUCGGCGCCGCGGGCACCGUCAUCGCCAAAGUCAAAGGCGUGAACUUCAAGGAAGUGAACAAAGAAAACAAAAGCACAGUUUUUGAGGAGAUAUACACAUCGAUCGACACCUUGGCAUUCACGUUUGGCAAUGUAGUGUCUGACUUCCUUAUGGGAGAUGUGGACAGAGGCUCCAGGUUGGGGACCCCCCAGGCCCGAAGAAGUCGGUCUUUCGAGAAUCUGUCUGGAGAUUCUGGAGUAUACCGUCCAGGCAGAGAUGAUCCCUCUCGCUUGUCUUCGGUGGAAGAGGUAGACGAGACUCUGCUGAGGAUCGAGACCGGGGUGGAGUCGGCUCUGCUCUAUGCCAAGGCCUGGUCCAAAUACACCAAAGACAUGCUGACCUGGGUGGAGAAACGCCUCAGUUUGGAUAUUGAUUGUGCAAAAAGUUGUGCUAAGAUGGCAGAAUCAGCCAGGGCACUUGCAAGCCAACAGGAUUUCAUGCCAUUCAGGGACAUCUACAUUUCUGCCUAUAAAAAUGAGAUUGAGUACAGUCAACUCAUCCUACAGACAGCCACAGCCCUCCAAAGCAAUAAAUUCAUACAGCCUCUGCUAGCUCGUAAGAAUGAACUGGACAAAAUGAGGAAAGAGAUAAAGGAACACUGGCAAAAAGAACAGAAAAAAGUGCAAGACGCAGAAGCUGCAGUACGCAAGGCCAAACAGCUGCAGGCCCAAAGGAAAGAGGAGUACGAGAAAGCACGCAACUCCACCAGCCGCACGGAGGAGGAGCAGCCUGCUGCAGGCAGCAGGACGCUGGAGAAAAAGAGAAGGCUGGAAGAGGAGGCAAUGCAGAAGGCAGACGAGGCGCGGGAGCAGUACAGGGUGUGUGUAGCGGAUGCUAAAGUGAAACGGGCUGGCCUGGUCAAUACUAAGAGCGAGAUCCUCAGUCAGAUCAGAGAGCUGGUGUUCCAGUGUGACCUCACUCUGAAAGCAGUGACGGUAAACUGGUUUCAGAUGCAGCAUGCCCAGAGCGUUCCUCGACCAGUCAAUUACCAGGCUCUGUGUGAGAGGGCCAAGCAGUAUGAGCCGGGACAGCGCUACGCCGAGUUUGUGAAGAGCCUGCCUAAAGAACGGGUUUGGCUGGAAGCACUCUCUCAGGAAAGUUCUGGGGUGCCAUUCAUGAAGCGACCGUUGAGCAGCACACGCUCCUCCCAUGGCAACCUGUCCCAGGGUUCGGUGGCGUCGGGCGACGGUCACAGCGGAGAUGAAGUGGAGAGUUCAGGUCAGCCGCGCAAAGCGAAGAUGUCAGAGAGGAGAUGUAACAGCACCACAGACAUACAGGCUUUGAGGACACAGGGCUCUCGUGGGUGGGGGUCUGCCGGUCAGGGGGGAGGAAUGUGCAGUGACUCAGAGAGUGCUGGAGGCAGUAGUGAAUCUCGAUCUAUGGACUCUCCCAUAGCAAGCCCAGGGGAUUUCAAACGGAGGCUUCCCAGAACUCCUUCCACUGGCACUAUGUCAUCUGCAGAUGACCUGGAUGAGAGAGAGCCUCCAUCCCCUUCAGACAAUGGCCUCGGUGAGAUUGUAAUGGAGGUGGCGAAUUCUCCUGGCCCGUUCCGGAACUCUCAGUUGUCCAAAGCGGCACAGACCCAUAAACUGAGGAAACUACGAGCCCCAUCUAAGUGCAGGGAAUGUGACAGUCUGGUGGUGUUUCACGGAGCUGAAUGUGAAGAGUGUUCCCUGGCCUGUCAUAAGAAGUGUCUGGAAACUCUGGCCAUUCAGUGUGGCCAUAAAAAGCUCCAGGGCAGACUGCACCUGUUUGGCAUUGACUUUGUCCAGGUUGCCGGAAACAGCCCGGAUGGGAUCCCGUUCAUCAUCAAAAAGUGCACCUCAGAGAUCGAGAGCCGUGCUCUCAACAUUAAGGGCAUUUAUCGAGUGAAUGGGGGAAAGUCUCGGGUGGAGAAGCUUUGCCAGGCGUUUGAGAACGGCAAAGACCUGGUAGAAUUGUCUGAACUCUAUCCACACGACAUCAGCAACGUGCUUAAACUUUACUUAAGACAGCUGCCAGAGCCAUUGAUUCUGUACCGUUACUAUAAUGACGUCAUUGGAUUAGCUAAAGAGGCUCAGAGCAUCAUGGUGGAUGAUGUCGAUGCGUCACGUGAGCAGACUUCAGGAGAGCCCCCCCUUAACAUCGAACUCAACAGAGUCAUCUUCAAAAUCAGAGACCUGCUCCGCCAGCUACCCAUCGCCCACUACAAAACCCUCAAAUUCCUCAUAGCCCACCUGCAAAGGGUAAUGGAGAAAUCCGAGGAGAACAAAAUGACAGCCAGUAACCUGGGCAUCAUCUUUGGACCAACGCUUAUCAAGCCCAGGCAGAUGGAAGCAGAAGUGUCCCUGUCCUCUCUGGUGGACUAUCCUUAUCAGGCCCUGAUGGUGGAGCUGCUCAUCAAACAUUAUCAGAUGAUCUUUGACAUUCCUCCUAGCCCCCUGUCUGCCUCUGGGCCAGCCUCCAUGCAGAAUUCCCCAGCGCCUUCUCGUGACAAAGAGAGCAAACUAAGCCGCCACUCGCAAUCCCUCACGGACAUCAAAGAGGGCUCUAAAGUAUAUAAGAGGCAUUCAUCUGUGACUCCCUCCUUACAUCUGCUGGAUGAAAUGAAUGUUAUGAGAGCAGAGGAAGGGACGGAUGUUGCUGACGAGAGUGCAAACAGGCAGAAUGGUGUUGGAUUGUCAGCUGAUACAGAGCUACAGAAGUCCCCACUGAUGUUGAGUAAGUUCAGUCCAAUCAUUAGCAAUAAGGUCCAGCUGCGGCCUCCGCGCAGCUCCAGAAUGGUGUCGCGGCCAAUCAGCAUGCCCGUGGAACGUCUCAUGAACGAGCGCAACAACCUCAACGCAGCAGAGCACGAACCCAAUCGUGAAACUAUCCAAGAAGUGGCCGAACCAGAGAAACCUCAGGCACGGGUGCCCAUGCUGUCCAGAAACUCCUUCAUCGACACACAGACACUCCGGAGGACAUGGGACAAGCAAUACAAGCACUACAAUGUCACACCCAGGACUGCCAUGAUAGUUGCCAAUCUCCCCUCCUCCGGUGUGAAGGACCUACCCAGUUCUCCUGCUUUAGGGGAGACAACGUCAGCCUCAGGGUUUGGCAGUGUCACCACCAUAUUUUCUAACAGGCCUUACACAGUGGGGCUGGGGUCUGGAAAAUCGGGUAGAAGAGACAGCAGCAGUGAGCCGUCUGGAUCGCCCAUCACUUUCAGAGAGCCGCGGACUUUACACCCACCUCCUGAAACGUUCUAUAAGCCUCCUUCAGGCAGGAAAGUUAUGUCUCCACAGCUGAGAAAAGCUACCACAGCAGCAUCCAUAUCCACAACUACAACUACAACAACAAUAUCACCAGUGACAACAGCUACGAUGGUAACUAUGACAACAUCGACCACAACUAAUGGGGCAGAGUCAACUCCUGCAUCCCCUUCAAUGACAAUGAUUACGCCAACAUUAACAGCUAUGGGCAGAGAAGAGCAGUCAAAUGGCUCUAAGGAGGCCGAGAGUGACUUUGUGGAGGCGGAAGAUGCUAGUUCGGCUGUCCUGUCCACCCCACAGUCCCCCUGUCCCAGCACCGGCUCUGAUCAGCUGAGCCCCACCGAGGCCAAACCUUUGUACCAGAGACUACGCAACUGCCGGCUACAAAAGAUGGAACAACGCGAAGCCCACUUUGUUUGAACUUUCUCUGACCUCUGCCAGCUCUCUGUGAGUCCUCAGGAGAAAACACACACACACACACACACGCACACUCACACAUACAUCUACCUGUAGCUUUUGUGUGCCCAG